CCUGUCUUAUUUUAUUCUUCUUCCCACAUCCGGCUAUGGAGGUCUGACAGGAAGACAUUUAAACGCUGCUGCGCUCAAGUACGCCUGAAAUCGAAAAUCCAGGAGAGUCUAAAGAAGCUAACUUUAGAAAGAUCUGAAUCAAGAUGCCAGUGGCUGUUGCACCCUAUGGCCAGGGCCAGGCCCAGCCCAGCUGUUUCGACCGGGUCAAGAUGGGAUUUAUGAUGGGCUUCGCCGUGGGCAUGGCCGCCGGGGCCAUGUUCGGUACUUUCUCCUGUCUCAGAAUUGGCAUGAGAGGCCGGGAGCUGAUGGGAGGAGUGGGCAAGACCAUGAUGCAGAGCGGUGGGACGUUUGGGACCUUCAUGGCUAUUGGGAUGGGCAUCCGCUGCUGAGGACGACUACAAUCCUACGACAUUUACGGGACUUUUGCAAUGGCAGCCGCAACUUUCCGUCCGCUGGGCCAUGUCAUCGCUUCCAUUAAAAACAAACUAAACAUUG